AUGCCGCUGCGGUCCAGCUCUCGGCAGCCCUCCGCCGCCCGCCUCGUCUUGUGCCUCUUGGCAGUUUCAUGGGCCGCCGCCGCCGGGCCUGGAUACUUGUUGACAGCUCCUUUGACCUUCAGGCCUGGAACAAAUAUGAGUAUUGGGGUAGCUCUGUUGAAGAACAGCCCGCCAGAGGUUACAGUAAAAGCAGAGGUGGCCAUUGAAAACAACACUGUACUAUGGGGGGAAGCUGUAUUUCAAAGAGAUUCGUUUGGGACACUUGUCCUUCCAGCUCUCCCGCUGGGCAGUCCUACUGGUGAUUAUAGUUUGCUACUGAAAGGGUAUGCAGAGGGUGCACUGUUGUUUUCUAACAGUACAGACCUUUCAUUUGAACAUAAGAGCUUCUCAGUGUUCAUCCAGACGGAUAAGUCUAUGUACAAACCAGGGCAAGAUGUAAAAAUACGGAUUGUUACGUUGCAUCCUGACCUCAAACCACUCAAUGCUUUAGUAAAUUUAUAUAUUCGGGAUCCUCGGCGCAAUUUGAUUCAACAGUGGCUGGCAGAAAAUGGAAAACUGGGCAAGAUUUCCAAGGAGUUUAAAAUAUCCAGAUAUCCUGUGCUGGGUGAUUGGUCGAUACAGGUUGAAGUAAAUGAUCAAACUCAUUAUCAGACGUUUACUGUGAUGGAGUAUGUGUUGCCAAAAUUUGAAGUCAUUCUAGCAACACCUCUGUUUUACUCUUCAAAAGAUGAGAGUUUCAUUGGUGCUGUCACAGCAAAGUAUACUUAUGGAAAGCCGGUGAAAGGGAAAGUAGCUAUCACUUGUUUUUCUUCAUCUUACUGGGACCGUAACAAAAAUAUCACUAAAGUAUUGAUGAUUAAUGGAUCUGUGAACUUCACACUUGACAAUCAAGAGAUGCAGGCUAUAACUUUCUCAGAAGGGGAAUGGAACUCACACUAUGGACCGCCUAUAGAAAUUAUCGCUGUGGUUACAGAAUCACCUACAGGAAUCUCUCAAAAUGCAAGUACCACUAUAUUUCCAAAGUUCUAUGACUACAUAUUAGAAUUUUCUGAGUAUCCAAACGUUCUGAAGCCUUCUCUGACUUUCAUAGCCAUGCUGAAAGUAACAAGAGCUGACAACAAUCCAUUGAGCUCUGAUGACCGAAAGAAUAAUGUCACAAUCUCUGUCAGACAUGAAUUUCAGAGAGAACAGAACCUUAACUACUCUGUCCCCGAAAAUGGAAUGAUUCAGAUUGAAUUUCCAGUUCUGGUUAAUACAACAUCAUUGAAAGUUAAGGCCAAAUUUCUUGAUGGUCAGACUUCUAUAGUCAUAAAUGAUGUAUUCUACUCUCCCAGUUCAACUUACCUCGUAAUUAAAAAGAAUAGUCAAGAUGUAAAGGUUGGGACACCUUUGGAGCUGAGCGUUAAAAGCAACAGGCCCGUAACAGAGAUCAGCUAUAUGGUGGUGUCCAAAGAACAAAUUGUAGUUGCGGGCAAAACUGAGCUGCAGUCCUCAACCUUCACUUUAACACCAGAAAAUUCUUGGGCCCCAAUGGCCUGCAUAAUUGCCUACUAUGUGAGUGAUAGUGGGGAAAUAAUAAAUGAUGCUCUAAAUGUUCCUGUACAUCCUGCUUUUAAAAACCAGAUUAACAUGUAUUGGAGUAAAAAUAAAGCUAAACCUUCUGAAAACAUUACCCUCAAAAUCAAUGUCACUGAACUUAAAACAACCAUUGGCCUUUUAGUUGUGGACAAAAGUACAAAGCUGAUUGGAAAAAGAAGUGAUAUCUCAGAAGAUGCUAUAUAUCAUGAACUAAGUCUGUAUAAUACAGCACACUAUGACAACGAAGCCCAAAGUUCCUACAAUGUCUUUCAGAAAUGUAACCUCUGGGUAUUGACUGAUGCCAGCCUUCCACGACGCCAUGACCCCCUGAUUUUCUAUGAAGCGGAGUAUGAUGCUCUCGAUUAUCAGUUUGCACAUGAAGAAUCUACGAACCAUCUGGAGCCCAUAUCAGUGUCUGCUGAUUUUGGUAAUCCUCAUGUAAGAACAAAUUUUCCAGAGACUUGGAUUUGGUAUGAAAUCACACCAAGUUCUACGGAAGAAAUAGUGGAUGUCACUGUUCCUGAUACCAUUACUUCAUGGAUAGCCAGUGCUUUUAUAAUAUCUGAAAAUCUUGGACUUGGUAUAACAAAAACACCUGUUGAGUUAGAAGUGUUCCAGCCCUUUUUUAUUUCCUUGAACCUUCCAUCAAGUGUUGUAAGAGGAGAACAGUUUUUAUUGGAAGUACAUCUCUUCAAUUAUAUGAAAGAAAGUAGUGAGGUUACAGUGACCCUUGAUAGAAGUGACACAUUUGAAAUUUUUAUUUCUAAUGAUAUAAAUGCUACAGACAACGAACAAUCAGUAUGGGUACCAAGUGAAGAUGAGAAGACUGUCAUUUUCCCAAUCAAACCAACGCAUAUUGGAGAGAUUCCUAUCAGAGUGACAGCAAUUUCAGCCCUUGCGUCUGAUGCUAUCAUCCAGAAAGUAUUAGUGAAGGCUGAGGGAUUAGAACAGUUUUAUUCACAAACCCUUCUUUUGGACUUCACCAAAAGAACUGGAGUUUUACCAACUCCUGCAACAGAAACUUUGAUUUUCACUUUUCCAUCUGAGGUUGUACCUGGCAGUGAAAGAGUGCAAUUCACUAUUGCUGGUGACAUGCUGGGCCCUUCUAUCAGUGGUUUGGCAUCACUGAUCAAAAUGCCUUAUGGUUGUGGAGAACAGAACAUGAUUAAUUUUGCACCUAAUAUUUACGUUCUGGACUACCUGACUAAAACAGGAGAGCUGAAGCACAAUACUAAAUCGACAGCUGUGUCGUAUAUGAGAGAAGGCUACCAAAGAGAGCUUCUCUUUCAAAGGGAUGACGGCUCUUUCAGUGCUUUUGGAAACAGCGAUCCCUCCGGAAGUUCAUGGUUAUCAGCUUUUGUAUUGAAAAGUUUUUUUCAAGCUCAGCCUUACAUAGAUAUUGAUCCGUAUAUACUGGAGAGAACAGCUGCUUGGAUAGUUAACCAUCAGGCACAGAGUGGAGAAUUCCUGGAACCUGGAAAAGUAUUACACAGUGAUCUGCAAGGAGGCAUUGAUAGCCCUGUCUCACUUACAGCUUAUAUUGCGGCAGCACUAUUAGAGUAUCAAACAAAUCAGUAUGACAGAAACAUCAGAAAGGCUUUGAAUUUUCUAGAAAUGAAGUUAAGUGAAGGAAUAUCAGAUAAUUAUACACUGGCCCUUGUGACAUAUGCCUUAUCAUUGGCUGAGAGCUCACAAGCAAAGACUGCACUGAACAUCUUGAAUGGCAAAUCAGAACGUCAAGGAGAACUCCGGUUCUGGGUAUCCCCAGCUACUGAACUGUCUGAUUCCUGGCAGCCACCCUCUACUGAUACCGAGCUUGCAGGCUAUGCCCUGUUGUCUCAUGUUAAACAACAGAGAUUAUUAGAAGGGGUACCCAUUAUGAAGUGGCUACUCAAGCAAAGGAACAGCCUUGGAGGUUAUACUUCUACACAGGACACCAUUGUGGCCCUGCAGGCUUUGAGUGCCUGCGCUGUCCAUACUGCUGGCAGUGACAUAGAAAUGGAUGUAGUUGUCCAUUCAACAGGUGAAGAAAAUCCAUUCGUGUACAGACUUGAUAAUGAAAACCGCUUCGUUCUCAAAAGCAAAGAGAUUGCGACUACACAGCCCGUGGAGGUUACAGUUUUAACCAGCGGUCAUGGGUUUGGAAUCUUUCAGCUCAAUAUUGUGUACAAUGUGAAAAAUCCACAUAAUGACAUGAGGAGUAGACCGACACAGAAUCAAGAAGCCUUUGACUUGGAUGUUGUUGUGAAGGAUAAUAAAAAUCAAAUAAACCACGUAACCUUGAAUGUUUGCACUAGGUAUUUGGGAACUGACACAUCUUCAAGGACUGGUAUGGUUCUUAUGGAAGUUGGAUUGUUGAGUGGUUUCUCUCUGACACCUGGUUUUGUGCCACCAGAUGAUAUUAUUAGGAAAGUGGAGAAAGAUGAAGGCAAAUUAUAUUUAUAUUUGGACUACUUGAAUAAAACAGAAUUUUGUGUGGAUGUUCCAACUGUGAGAUAUUUCAAAGUUGCAAAUACUCAAGAUGCUUCCGUAAAUGUAGUGGAUUACUACGAACCCAGGAGAAGAGCAAUGAGAAGCUAUAACUCUGAAGUGAUGCAGAGUCUAUCGUCUUGUGCCCUCUGUGGAAACGAGUGUGAUUUCUGUGGAACGCAUUCAGAUAGUUCUUCAGGAAUUUCCCUCUCCUGUGAACUGUUUUUGGUACACAUAAGCCUUCUGUACAUGUGGCUGGUCUAA